GCAUUCUUGCUCACAUGGGAGGCAUAAAUUCCCCACAUAGUGCUGCCAUACACAAGUGGGAGACACUAAGAAACCCAUCUAAGUAUAUUGAGAGAGUGAUUAGCACACAGUCAUCACAAGAAGUAGCAAAUAACCGACUCCGGCUUAUUACUACUAUAGAGAGUGUAAGGUUGUUAGCCCACCAAGGAUGUGCUUUUAGAGGGCGUGAUGAAUCCAUUGAUUCAUCCAAUGGUGGAAAUUUCAAUGCAGUUGUGAAUUCUUUUGGAAGAAUGAAUAUAGAAGUUCAAAAAGUCUUAGAAAAUGCUCCUGGAAAUGCCAAGUAUACUUCUCCAGAAAUUCAAAAACAAAUUGCCAAUAUUUUUGCCAACAAGGUUAGAACCAAAAUUCGUGAGGAAGUGGGAGAUGCCAAGUUUUGUAUCCUAGUUGAUGAAGCAGUUGAUGCAUCUAAUAAGGAGCAAAUGGCUAUCAUUCUUCGAUUUGUUGAUUGUUAUGGGUUUAUUAGAGAACGGUUUUUCAAAGUUAUUAGUGUUGUAGACACUUGUUCUCAAACUUUGAAAAAUGAGAUAUCCAAAGUUCUUGCUCAAUAUGAUCUUCAGGUAGAAAACAUGCGUGGCCAAGGAUAUGAUGGUGCUAGCAACAUGCGGGGUGAAUUUAAUGGUUUACAAGCUUUGUUUCGUGAAGAGUGUCCAUCUGCAUAUUAUGUGCAUUGCUUUGCUCAUCGCUUACAAUUGACUUUAAAUGCUGCAGCUAAAGGGGUGCAUGAUAUUUGGGAAUUUUUCUCUACUCUGAACUUCAUUGUAAAUUUUUCUUGAUUCUUCUGCAAAACGGCAUUCAGCGUUAAAAGUUAUUAGAGAAGAAGAAAUUGCAGAAUUAGUGGCUGCCGGUACACUUGGUACAGGAGCUACUCGUUGGGGUUCACAUCUUCGAUCUAUAUCAAGUUUGAUUAAAUUAUAUGGAGCCACCAGAACAACUCUUGCAGAAUUGGUUGCAAACGGACCAAAUAAAGUACAAGGAGAAGCAAAGAGUGUAGGUAAGGCUAUGAUGCGUUUUGAUUUUGUAUUUUGCUUGCUUUUGAUGCAUGAUGUUAUGAGGAUUACUGACUUUCUUUGUCAGUCAUUGCAAAAAAAAGCCAUAGACAUUUUGAAUGCUCUAAACUUUCUUUCAAUAACAAAAUCAAAACUUCAAGAUAUGAGAGAAGAUGGUUGGGAUAAUUUGAUUAUGAAGGUUGCAUCAUUUUGUUGUGAGUAUGAUAUUAUUAUGCCGGAUAUGUCUGCUCCUUACAAGAAAGGUAUAAGGGCUUGUGAACAAAAUAUUACAAAUGAGCAUUAUUAUCGGGUCAAUAUACUUAAUGCUGUCAUAGAUUUUCAAUUGGCAGAGCUGGAUAGUAGAUUUCAAGAUAAUUCAUUGGAGCUCCUUGUUCUUAGUGCUACAUUUGACCCUCGUGAUAAUUUUGUUUCAUUCAAAUCUGAAGAUGUUAGCAAUCUUGCUUUGAAGUUCUAUUCUCAAGAUUUUACAUCAUCUGAUAUGUUUGCUGUAGACAUGGAGUGUGGGUAUUUUCUAACAGAUAUUCAAAAGGAUGCAAGAUUUUCCAAGACAAAUUCUGUGUUUGAUUUGUGUCGGCGGUUAGUUGAAACAAGAAAGUCAGCAUUCUUUCCUAUGAUUUACAGGUUGAUUUGCCUUAUUUUGACUCUGCCAGUUUCUACAGCAACAACAGAGAGAGCAUUUUCAUCUAUGAACAUUAUAAAAAGUAGACUUCGAAAUAAGAUGGAAGAUGACUUUCUUGAUGAUUUGAUGGUUCUCUACAUUGAAAAAGAGUUUGCUGAUAGGAUUGAUAAUGAUUCAGUGAUUUCUGAAUUUGAAGUUAGUGGGCCUCGGAGGGUACGGUUUAGUUAGAUAUAUGCUUGUAAUUUGUAAUUUACGGGGUUUUGGUUUUAUGUCCCCCCCCCAUUGUAUGUUUUGAAUAAUAAAGGCGUGAGGAUGAGCCUCCCAUUGGGUUCCAAACCUCAAAAAAAAAAGAGU